AUGCCAACCCCAGUCGGUACAUCCAAACCAUUCCAAUUCAAUACACCCAUCGGCCAUGCUCUUGCACGCAAAAUACUUGCGAAAACAUUGCCAUUUGAACCACAUGACUACCAGAUUGAAGGAGUGUGUCAAUGCCUGGAUGGCAAGGACCUCCUGGCUAUAGUUCUGACAGGAGGUGGAAAGACGACAUACUUUUAUAUCCCUCCAAAAUAUGUUCCGGCCAAUCCAGCCAUGGUGAUUGUUUCCCCCACUAAUGGUCUAGAAGAAGAGAUGUACACAUCCCAGGAACUUGAGUUAAAGAAAUACAAUCUGAAAGCGCUGGCAAUAAACAGCCAUACUCUGCAUCAGGCCCGAGUGGCAAGACAAGAAAACCUGUGGCUUACUGCUUGCAAAUAUUCCUCAAUGAUACUACUGUCCCCGGAACAACUCACAUCUCCAUCCAUUGAGGAUAUGUUGAACAACAAAUCCUUUCGUCUACGCAUAAGUGCCAUAGGAAUAGAUGAAAUCCACUUACUGGACACAUGGGGUGUUGGAAUUGUCAAGGUCAAAGCCUGGGCCUUGUCAGACAACAUUGUGCAAUUGAGUGUUGUCCAAGGGCUGGUAGCUCAGUUGGUUAGAGCACUGCCAUAUAUAGGCAGAGGUCCUGGGUUCAAUCCCCGGCUGGUCCAAUUUGCUUUUCUGUACUCUCUGAGUCCACUGUGGAUUAUUACAUGGGGGAAUGGGUUCCGCAAUGCCUUCCAGAAAAUCGGUUAUGUGGCUGCACAAAUGCCAUCCUCAGUAGUUGAGAUAGUUGUCACAGCCACAUUGACAGCAGGACCUGCUACCAAGUGA